AGGAGAACCCUCAGAGUCACCGUUUGCGCUUCCGUCACAGCUUCAAAGUUCCAAUCAUUGCAGUACUUGUGAUCUUGAAAGCGACUGCAUAGUACCGUGUAAUUCAAAUAACCAGAAUGGCAUUCAAUUGUCCCUAUUGUGGCCAUACCGCACACUCUACAGCAAUGUAUAUGACAUGCGAGGAGAGCGCUCUAUGUCAGCAGUGCGGUCUAUCAGAAUCCGAUGCUUGGCUUCGAAACCAAGAGGAUGAACUCGUGGCUCGUUUUUCCGCCUACAGUCUCACACCACAGGUUGAGCAGGUUCCGGAGAGCAAAUCGGUUGCCAAUCGCAUCGUGUAUGCUUCUGCUGCCGCACACAGCUUCGUUGUCUCGCCGUAUAACAGGAAUGGCCACCUGAAUGUGCCCGGUAAACUCGAUGAAGCUACUUGGGUAGCGAAAACAAGUCCAAGAGCCUCUGAUUCAUUCGAUGUGGAGAUGGAUAGCGAGCCAGAGCUUUCCGAUACUACCACAGUAGACAGCAAGCGCUCCAGUUUCAAUGUUGACAAAAGCUCCCCUUCGAACCCCAUCGACGAAUUAGACCAUGAAAUCUCACAGGCGGAGCCGUAUAUGUCUCUUGGAUACCAGCAUGAUCAAGACACCACAGUGCACCAUCUUCAAGAUCAACAUUUAGCCCAACCGGAAGAGCCUUCCACUGGUUCACCGUACACACCAUGCAAGGACCCUGUCUACAAUGCGCGGAAUUGGUGGGAUUAUGGCGGAGGGCGACUUGAGUAUCGCUGGGACUGUAUGAGAGAUCAUGGAAUGUGAUAUGGCCAGGGAGCGUUCGUCGAUUGAAGCUGUUGCAAUCUUGGUGAGGUUAGGUUGUUAGCGGCAAAGUGAUGAUCCGGAUAAUCGGCAGGAGCUUAAGAGCUUGCUGUGCAACCUCAGGCAGAUAUAUCCUCACUCUUCAUACGUACAUGCAAUAUGACGCAUGUUGAUUGCAUCGCUGAGCUGUAUAUCCAGUCAUUCAUGAACUGUUAGAGAAGAACAGUUAAGAAUAAGAAAUAAACAAUGGAAGAA